AAAAAAGUGUCUUUUAGAGAGAGAGCGCAUGCACCAGACGCAAGACUAAUCGAAGCGGACGUAAUUUGUUGCUUUGGAUUGGCGAGGAGAGAAAGGGCUCAUAUUAUCACAAUCAACCAUUCACAUAGCUUUCGUCAGAAGGAACGCUAUAUACUUGUCAGGGUUUAUUCUUCCUAUCAAAUUGCCUUUGCCGGAAUCCAAGAGGGAGAUAUGGCGGAUCAGCUUACAGAGGAACAGAUUGCAGAGUUCAAGGAGGCUUUCUCCUUGUUUGACAAGGAUGGUGAUGGUACGAUCACGACCAAGGAGUUGGGUACCGUCAUGAGAUCUCUUGGUCAGAACCCUACAGAGGCUGAACUACAGGACAUGAUCAACGAGGUCGAUGCUGAUGGUAACGGAACGAUUGACUUCCCAGAAUUCCUUACGAUGAUGGCGAGAAAGAUGAAGGAGACUGAUAGUGAGGAGGAGAUCAGAGAAGCUUUCAGAGUCUUCGACAAGGAUGGCAACGGAUUCAUCAGUGCUGCAGAAUUACGUCACGUGAUGACGAAUCUUGGUGAGAAGUUAACAGACGAAGAGGUCGAUGAGAUGAUCAGGGAAGCCGACAUCGAUGGUGACGGACAAGUUAAUUAUGAAGAAUUUGUUACAAUGAUGACGUCACGGUAAAAUGCCCCGUCUUCUUAGUCACCUUUUUGUAAGAAAUAUUUGUUAAUAAAGAUUAUUAAUGUUGUCAUGGUAACGGUUGUGUAUAUUAGAAAACGCGAUAAAAAUAGUGAAAGUAUAUGAUAUAGAAGGUGAGUUAUGUUUUUU